AUGGAUGCGCUCAAGAGAACAGACUAUCCCCAGAGGACCGAUGAGGCCAAGUACAAGAAGCUCGGGUCCACUGGCGGCCGUCUCAAUCAGUUCAUCGGUGGUCACUACGCAAAGUACAAUCUCUCCUCUCUGCUGUUCGCACACCGUCUCGACGACAAAGAGCACGUCAAGCUCGAAGUGUGGUCUGCCCCCGAUCGCUCGAAGCCUUCAUUCGAAGAGGCCAAGCGCCAGACGUACAAGCCGGCGAAGAAGGGCGACUCCUUUGGCCCCAGCUGGUCCAAUCACUGGUUCAAAGUCACCCUUCGCAUCCCAAAGGAGUGGGCCGGGUAUGAGCGGGUACAGUUUGAAUUUGAUGGCUCGGGCGAGGCUAUGAUCUUUACGACCGACGGCGACCCCAUCCAUGGUCUGACAGGCGGCUUCGGAGGCGACCGACGCGUCGAGUUUAUCGUCCCUCAGGCCGCUCGUGAUGCUGGAGUAGCCCACUACUAUGUCGAGUCGAGCUGUAAUGGCAUGUUCGGUAUCGACAAUAUGCAGCCACCCGACGACAAUCGAUAUUAUCGUCUCAACUCGGCCGACCUGGUGGUACCGAACCAAGAGGCCUGGCGUCUGAUGUGGGAUUUCGACGCGAUCCAUCAGAUAUACAACACCCUCCCCGGCGAUUCGGCCCUUGCCAAGAAGGCACAGUGGGUCGCCAAUGAGAUCAUGAAUGUGUUUGAGGAGGGUAGCUUGGAGAGUGUCAAGAAAGGGCGCAAGGUGGCGCAGACUAUCCUGGGAGAGGACUGGGAGAAGCACAUCCAGGAUGAGAGCGAGAAGGCCGAGAAGGAGGGCGGUACGCUAUGGGGCGUUGGUCAUUGCCACAUCGAUACCGCCUGGCUCUGGCCCUUCUCCGUCACCCAGCAGAAAGCAGCACGCUCUUGGUCUACCCAAGUCGAUAUCAUGGAACGCUACCCCGAGCACCGCUUCUCCGCUACUCAAGCUCAGCAGUUCAAAUGGGUCGAGCAGCUUUACCCCUCCCUCUUUGCUCGGAUCCAAGAAAAGGUCAGCGAAGGGAAUUUCCAGCCGCUGGGAGCUACAUGGGUGGAGAUGGAUACGAAUUUGCCGAGUGGGGAGGCGCUCGUGAGACAGUUCUUGUAUGGGCAGAGGUACUAUGAGAGUCGAUUUGGGUUCCGAUCGGAUACUUUUGUUUUACCUGACACUUUCGGUUAUUCGAGCCAGCUCCCUCAGAUUUCUCGUCAAGCUGGAGCUAAGAACUUCUUUACCCAGAAGCUCUCCUGGAACUCAAUUAACAACUUCCCUCACAGCACUUUCAACUGGGUUGGUCUCGAUGGGUCUCAGAUCUUGACUCACAUGACUCCUGUCGACAACUACAAUUCCCAGUGCAAUAUUGACGAUAUCCGCAAAGGUGUUACCGGACACAAGAACCUCGACGUCACUUCUCAAGCCCUCUUGCUCUUUGGAAACGGAGACGGCGGCGGCGGUCCCACCCCACCCAUGCUUGAAAAGCUCCGACGCGCCCGCUCUGUCGCUCAACGACCCGACGCCGGCGGCCAGCUCCCCCUCGUCAAGAUGGGCGGCAGCUUCAGCGACUUUUUCGAUAGUGUCAGGGACGAGACAAAGGGCGGUGUGAGGCUGCCUUAUUGGAGAGGCGAGCUUUAUUUUGAGCUCCAUCGAGGGACAUACACGUCGCAUGCUUCGAUCAAGAAGGGGAAUAGGAAGAGCGAGAUACUCAUGCGCGAAGCCGAGUAUGCGGCUACUAUGGCUACGCUCGCCGACCCCGACUACAAGUACCCCAAGGACCGCUUCGAUGCUGCAUGGGAAGAUCUCCUUCUUUGUCAAUUCCACGACGUCCUCCCCGGCAGCGGUAUCGCCAUGAUCUACCAAGACGCCGAGAAGAAAUACGCCGCGCUCCACGCCUCCAUCUCUUCCAUCCUCGAAGAAGCUCUCUCCGUUCUGUACCCCAAGACCAAGCUGGUGGGCAAGGAUGAGAAAGCGGUGGGUCAAGUGUUUGCGGUGAAUACAACGCCGGGGAUGGCGAGGCGGGAGGUGGUCAAGGUUGAGCUUGGCAAGGGGGUGAAGGGCUUGAAGGAAGCCACAGCGCAAGUCGCGGAAAGCGGAGAUGCGGGGUGGGUGUUGAUGAGCACUGGGGAAGACAAGUCGUUGGCUAUGCCUCAAGGAGUGUUUGUCUCGCCCCGAGUCGAAAUCCACGAGAAGGACGACGUGUUCGUCAUGUCCAACGACAAUUUGUCACUCAAGAUCCAAGACGGAAGGAUCACCAGUGUCUAUGACAAAGCUCUCGACAAGGAGCUUAUUCCUCAAGGUCAGAGCGGCGGUCUUGUCAUUAUGGAAGACCAUCCCAACGCCUGGGACGCGUGGGAUGUCGACGAGUUCCACUUGGAGAAGCAGACUCACCUCAAGUUCGGAUCGCUCCGUAUCAAAGAGCAGGGCCCGCUCCGAGGUGUUAUCAGCACGGCGCUGCAGGUCGGCAAGAGCAGGAUUGAUCUGGAGAUCAUUGUGGAUGCUGUGCCGGCCUCGGUGAGGGAAGGAGCGAGGAGUAUGAUCAGGUUUGACGCUGUUGUGGAUUGGCGAGAGAAGCACCGUUUCCUCAAGUUCGAGCUUCCCCUUGACAUCUACUCCGAAUCUGCUACCUACGACACCCAAUUUGGUACCGUCUCCCGCCCUACUCACCGAAACACCAGCUGGGACGCCGCCAAGUUUGAAGUCUGCGCGCACAAAUUUGCCGACCUUUCCGAAUUUGGCUACGGUGUUGCGAUUCUCAAUGACUGCAAAUACGGCUAUGCGACUCAAGGCAACGUCAUGCGUCUCUCACUCCUUCGAGCGCCUACCGAGCCGGACGCGGACUGUGAUAUGGGCACGCACGCGUUUUCGUUUGCCAUCUACCCCCACAAGGGCACGUAUACGGAGAGCGAUGUGGCGCAGGUCGCCUACGCGUUCAACUCACCUUUGACUGCCCGCCACGCGACCGAAAAGACUCUCGAUAUUGCCUCUCUUUCCCAGUUCGCCACCUCUAAUCCAUUCUCGAUUAGCAACGCUCCCAACGUACAGCUGGAAACCAUCAAGAGAGGCGAAGACGACGAUUUCGGGAAGCGAGGCGGAAACACCAAUUCUUUGAUCUUGCGAGUCUAUGAGCAUUUCGGAGGACAUGCGAGGGCAAAGCUAAACAUCUCGGGAUUGAGUAUCGCCAGAGCUGAGAUUGUCAAUAUCCUCGAGGAUCACCUCGAAGACCUCACCGUCUACUCCACCUCCGACAAGUCCAACACAUCUCAUGUGGAGCUCAACUUGAGAGGCUAUGAGGUCCAGACAGUCAAGUUGACUGUCAAGAACGUGCACAAGAAGGAGACGGACGGAUGGGUCAAGUUGUAA